AUGAGCUUCCAAGACAUCGAGGCAGGCUAUUCAGCCAACUCGUCGUCGUCAAGUGGUCCAAUCUCCAGUGAAGAUGCCGCCUUUAUGUCCCUCCAGUCGUCCCUCUCUCUCCAGGUUUUCAAGAUCAAUGCCAAUAUCCAGGGCAUUCGCAAGCUCGUAGAGCAGCUGGGAACACCAAGAGACUCGAAUGUGCUUCGUAAACGGCUGCAUGACUUGACAGAGAGCUCACAGUCAAUGGUCAAACGCGGUUCAGAGGACCUGAAGAAACUGGCGGUCCUUCAAGGAGGUCUUCCACACCAACAUGCCUCCCUGCAGAAGACAUCUCACGACUUUCAACUGUCUCUGUCUUCAUUCCAACAUGCGCAAAGAGCCAGUGCGGAGCGACAACGAACAGUCGUGGAGGGGGUCCGUAUGGCUGUGGAGGACGACCAUGACCAUCAACCCGGCGACCCUGUCCAACACCAAUCUCUCCUCCUUCAGUCCCGUCUCUCGCCGCACGAACUCGCAUAUCAGGAAUCCCUCAUCCAAGAACGCGAGAAUGAUAUUAGGGAGAUUGAGUCGGGCAUUCACGAGCUAGCAGAAAUAUACCGGGAUUUGGGGACGAUAGUUGGGGAGCAAGGGGAAAUGCUUGAUAACAUUGAGGCCAACAUAUCAGCAGUAGCUGUGGACACAUCGCGGGCGUCCGAGGAGCUCACAACAGCUGCACAUUAUCAGCGCAAAGCCGGGAAGAGGGCCGCUUGCCUUAUGAUUGUUCUGACCAUUGUAACUGCUAUCGUGCUGUUAGCCGUCCUGUCCUAGUUGCCAGUGUGAUUUUUCUAUUUAUUUUUAUAUGCUAUGCAAUGUUUCCUUGCGUUGACAAACACAACCCAGCCAAUGAUUUAGCUCACAUUUACCCUGAAUCAGAACACUGCUGUCGGUAUUUACCUGCGCGGACAUACCGUCUUGAAGUUUACAAGAUCUCACAUCCCGGGUAGUGAUAAAGAUGUUGUACUGUAUGUAACCUGACGUCUAGAACAUGAAAAAAAGAAAACCAAAAUAUUACAUACAGUUCGUAUGACUCAAGGACUUCUCUUCAAUCUCUGCACAAUUAUUUACGACAGAUGGAAACUUCCUACACCCUCUUUAGUGGCAACCCGCAGCUUUUCCCGC